AUGUGGGUUUAUGUCGAACAUCUGUUGUCACCACUGGGAAGAGUACAACUGUCUUCUGAGACAAUCAUAAAAACUGUUGCCCCUUUCUCCUUUGACAAAGAAGGUGUUUUGACUGGGUGUUUCAGCUCAAAAUAUGGAGUGAGGAGUACAGCUUUACUUGGAAGCUUUUUGUUGUGUCUUGGUCUUGGAAUUUCAGUAUGUGUUUCAAAUGUAGGAUCUCUAAUAAUUUAUCUUGGACUUGUUGCUGGUUCUGGAACGUCCUUCAUAUUUAUUGCUAUAAACUGCGGAAUUGCUUCCUAUUUUGAUCAAAGCAGUAGGCAGUUGAUGUCUCUAAUUUCCACUGGUGGUGCAGUUGGUGCUAUAAUUUUCCCUAUUUUUGUUUCCAAGCUCACAGAACUAUAUUCUUGGAGAGGCAGCCUCCUUCUUCUCUGUGCAUUUACCAUGCAUACUGUACCAUGUGGUUUACUGUAUUCCUUAAAGAAACUACCUCGGAAAUGGGCGCCUCCUGUCAGUAAUGAAGUAAGAAACGGCUCUUGCAGUAGAUCCUAUCAAAGUACAGAUAAGACACCACAGGAACAUUUUGCAAGCCCAAAGAAAACCAAGUUCAAUUUAGACCAAGUAUCAAAUGAUUCAGAUGAGUCAGACUCAAAGCCUCAAAUGGAAAUAGCACACGAAACAGACGAAGCCAAUGCCAGCUCAAGACAUGAAAAUAAUAACCAUUUAAAGGGGAUCAACAUGUGUCAGUCAAAUGACAUGUCAGGCCAUGAAGAAGAAACAGAUACUAAACUUAGCCAAAUACGUAUGCUAUCCAUGAUACUAAACAGUAACACUUAUCUACUACUUCUACUUUCCACAACAGGAGCAGUAAGCUUUAUAAUGUCAUUCGCAAUGAUUUUACCAGACUACCUUGUGAACCGUGGCAUGACUCUGGAGGAAAGCACUAGAAUUUUUGUCCUUGCAUCAGUUGGGAACAUUGCUGCACGGUUUAUUACAUGUUGGUUACUUUACAAAAACAUAGCAUCAGGUAUAAUGAUCUUCAACUUAUCAGGAUUAAGUGGUGCCGCACUAGCUCUUCUGUAUCCCUAUUUUACAUCAACAUCAAUGCUUAUCUUAUUAUCCUUCAUGAUCUUUCUGGCAUCAGGAUUGGGCCUGUCCGUCUUCAGCGUGACAUUCUUGGAAAUUUUUGAAAACAAAUUGUAUUCUUGUGCUCUAGGAUUCUCCAUGACUUUGUCUGGUCUGGGCCUUCCAUUAAGUGGAUACAUCAUUAGUGUACUCAAAGAUCGGUAUGAAAGCUACGUUCCAUGCUAUCAUUUUCUAGCUCUGCUUUGUUGCUUCACCAUUGUGCCAUCCAUUAUCCAUGCUUUGGUAACCAAAUGGAAAAGAAACACAGAUAGUGUUGUUUGAUUAAAUUAUAUAUUUUAUGUGUGUGUGUGUGUGUGU